CCAUUUUUCAAGUUUUGUGUGACUCAUUCGUAGAAACUUUUCCAUAAUCAAAAACGAAUUUCAUUUGACGUCUUCAGUGGCAAAUUGUCAGCCCAUCUUGCGUCUUUUGCGUUUAUUGUCAAACAAAUUUGUGGUUUCGUCGAUACUUUCUCGUGAAUCAUCAACUAUGGAAAACGGUGUCAAGACGCCCACGGAGGAAUUGGACAAAAGGAUAGCCGAUGUUAUCCAGGACAUCGACAAAGACGUGGACGAUGAUGUCUCUGAGGCCGAUGAAAACGACCCGGAACUUCUGGCCGAAUUGGCAAAAAUCACGGGAGCAUCCAGACCUGCCCAAAGUGGUCAAUCUGCCGCUGAGCGUGACACAAGGUCGCCAGUGAUCGUUCUGCCUACGACGCUUAUGAGUAAGAUUCAAAUUUUGAAGAGCAGAUUGGAAAUGUACGAACUGGCCGAGAAGGCGGCCAAGGAAGCAAAGGAAGAGGGUCGCGAACGAAGGUUCGCGCGUGGCAUACAAACCAUUAACGAAAUGCUGAAGACGGCAUUGAACGGGGACGAUGUUAAGGUCGAGGAUAUUCCUCCAGAAGUGAGCAUGAAAAAUGUCCCCACUGAAGCCGAGGAGACAGGGGUGGAAGCGAAGGAAAAGGCGUGAACAGCAGCUCUUAAAUGAAAAGUCGAAUGUGGGAAUCUUUGUAGGAAUCCGUGAGGUCCUUUUGCAAUCUAUAUAUAUAUAUCUAACGCUAUUUUUAUAUGUAAAUAUAAAGCAUUCAAGAAGAAUAAAUACUAAAAUUUCAGUUCU